GGUGAAAGGAGGAGAUAUUUAGGCAGAAAACACCAAAACCCUCCUCUCCGUCCUCGGGGUUUCAAUUCCAUAAGCUCCUUUCUCUUCUCUCCUCUUCCUUCAAUUCGCGCACACACUCUCUUCAGGUAAAAGGAGAAACACAAUCAGUGGGAAACUUUGGGGUUUGAAGUGGGUUUCGUUUCGACAUGGCGUCUUACGUUUCACCGUGUUUUGCUCCUUGUGAUUCACGUCUCCUCACUGUUCUUAGAAAGAAUGCAUCAUCAUCAUCAUCAUCGUCUUUAACCUCCUUUAAAACCACCGAGACUAAGAAAAACCGAGUCUUUCUUGCUUCUUCUCAGAGACCCGAACCUUCUCUUCCCAUCAGAAACUCUCAAAGGCAUUCCCAUAGCCAAGACCCUUUCUUGAACCUCCACCCCGAGAUCUCAAUGCUCAGAGGCGAAGGAGGAGCCAACACAGUAUCCAACCCGAGGAAAGAAACUACUUCCGUGGUUCCUGUCGAUGAGGACUUCGGUGAGCCUUCUGCUCCUAGCGGCUACAACGAGGCGAGGAUCAAAGUUAUAGGCGUGGGAGGAGGUGGGUCAAACGCUGUGAACCGUAUGAUAGAGAGCGAGAUGAUGGGAGUUGAGUUCUGGAUUGUGAACACUGACAUCCAAGCUAUGAGGAUGUCUCCUGUUUUGUCUGAGAAUCGGUUGCAGAUCGGUAAGGAGCUGACCAGAGGUUUGGGCGCUGGAGGGAACCCUGAGAUCGGUAUGAACGCUGCUCAAGAGAGCAAAGUAGCUAUCGAAGAGGCUCUUUAUGGUUCAGACAUGGUCUUUGUCACGGCUGGAAUGGGAGGUGGGACUGGUACUGGAGCAGCUCCAGUGAUUGCAGGAAUCGCUAAAGCCAUGGGGAUCUUGACUGUUGGUAUAGCCACGACGCCUUUCUCCUUUGAGGGAAGGAGAAGAGCAGUGCAGGCUCAAGAAGGGCUUGCUUCUCUGAGAGACAAUGUUGACACGCUCAUUGUGAUUCCGAAUGAUAAGCUGCUUACGGCUGUCUCUCAGUCUACUCCUGUGACGGAGGCUUUUAAUCUAGCUGAUGAUAUACUUCGUCAGGGUGUUCGUGGCAUAUCUGAUAUCAUUACGAUUCCUGGUUUGGUGAAUGUGGACUUUGCUGAUGUGAGAGCUAUAAUGGCGAAUGCAGGUUCUUCUUUGAUGGGGAUAGGAACUGCAACAGGAAAGAGCAGAGCAAGAGAUGCAGCGCUGAACGCAAUACAGUCACCUUUGCUAGAUAUUGGCAUUGAGAGAGCCACUGGGAUCGUUUGGAACAUCACUGGUGGAACCGACUUGACAUUGUUCGAGGUAAAUGCAGCUGCGGAAGUUAUAUAUGAUCUUGUUGAUCCAACUGCUAAUCUCAUAUUUGGCGCUGUUGUAGAUCCAUCUCUCACCGGUCAAGUGAGCAUAACACUGAUAGCAACUGGUUUCAAACGACAAGAAGAAGGAGAAGGAAGGGCGGGUCAGAUGGCACAAGCAGAUACCGCCUCGACUGGAGCUACUACGAGAAGACCUUCUUCCUCUUUCAGAGAAGGAGGUUCGGUUGAGAUUCCAGAGUUCUUGAAGAAGAAAGGUAGCUCUCGCUAUCCUAGAGUCUGAUAAGCCUGAGAUAUGAUCACACUAUUCUGCACGCUGCAGAGCGACGUUGUCUCUUUGGGGGAUACAGCAAGAUGUUUUGAUGUAUGAUCAAGAAUUGUGUGUGGGUGUGUUUAUGCGUUAGCUUUUGUGCUGUGACUUGAAUAGGUUUUUGUUAUUAUAGAGAUAUAUUAUGAUGAUUGGUUAUGUUAUGUUU